AUGCCCUCGAAAAUCCAACUCGAUGAAAAUCUGGUGUUUUUGUAUAUUUGUCUACAGAAGUCAGAUAUGAAAACUAUUGAUUUCGCAGCCGUAGGCCACACGACUAAUCUCAAAUCCCCCGCCGCACGUAUGCGCUACACAAGACUGAAACGCCAGAUUGAAAGGGGAGUUAUUGGGGCGAAUGCGAAUAUUAAUCUUGGGGGUGGGGGUGAUGAGAGGGAGCGGAAUAGAGAGGAGAAGGAAAGGAGAAAGGAGAAGAGAGAGAAGAAGAUGAGGGAGAAGAAGGAGAAGGAGGAGGAGAAGAAGGAGGAGAAGAAGGAGAGAGAGGGUGUGGAAAAGAAGGAGGGAGGGGAGGGAAAAGAGUGGGAUAGGGUGGAAAUGAAAAUGGGUGGCGGGGUGGAGAAAAAGGAAGGGAAAAGGAAGAGAGAAAUUGAGCUUGAGAGUAAUACGGAAUCAGACGCAGACGCGAUCUCAGAACCGGAUUUCCAGCUGCAAGGAUGGAAAAAACUCUAUCCUCAAAAAUUCAUCCUCUCCAUUCCCCGCAGAUUUUCUCCCUUCCAACCAAGCUUCCACCCCUCCCAAACCCCCACCUCUCCCCCCCUCAACCCCCAAAUAAAACUCGAACCCUACUCCCCCUUCUCCUCAUUCUCAUCCUAUUCUACCGAGCGCAGCCUUCCGAAUUUCCACGAGCACGUCACUACUACCACCGCCGAUAACAACAACGAAGAAAACGAAGACGCAGAUUCCGAAGACGAAAUGCCGCUUGCGAAACGGAGGGGUGUGGGAAGACGAUAUACUUCUCAUUCGCAUUCGCAAUCUCAAUCUCAUUCUCCAAAUGGAAAUCCAAAUCCAAGCAGGGAAAUGAUCUCACAAACAAAUACGUCGAAAAUCGCAGAGGGAUAUAGAGAUGCACAUUCUCAAUCUCAUCCCCACUCUCUUUCUCAUUCUCAUUCCCAUGGAUUUUCUGAAAUGAGAGAUCCAUAUCAAAGCGAAACGUCGAAUGAAUACACAUACACAUAUACCCACUUUCCUCGCUCCUCCACCGCGAAUCCCAUACACGAACCUGGUGCUGGUACUUCUUCUCAAUACACAUACGCAUACGCAUACCCGAAUCCCUACCAACAUCCCUAUCAACAUCCCUACACCUACAGCUCACCCUACAAAUCUAUCUACACUCCUCACACUUCCGGUUCUCCCGAGAUAUUCGAGGUCUUGGAUUCCACGCCCUCUUCCUCUCCCUCAUUUCCCUCUCCCUCAUCUCCAUCAAAAUCAAAAUCUCCAUCAAACCCCACCUCCACACUCUCAAACAAACCUCCUCACCCAUCCCCCCAUCCCCCACCUCAACCCCACCCCUACAACUGGACCGACACAUACCAAUCCUACCGACAUCUCUGGGGUACCGAGCGCCUCGCACGGGUCUCGCCUCCUCCUCCUCCUCCUCUGCUUCCGUCCCCGUCCCCGUCUGUAUCGACUUCUUUGCUUUUACACCAUAACCACAAUCACAACCACAACCACAAUAGCAAUAGCAAUAACUACAACGAUAACAAUAUCGCUACUGCGAACACGACUUCCGAAUCUGAUUUUCCUCCCCUUCCUACUCCUACUCAGUCGCCUCGUUCUAAUACUCAUUUAUCGUUGUCGCAGUGGUGA